AUGAUGUCUUUGGAAACUGCAGCAGAAGGGGUAGAGGAGAAGAAACAGUCACCUAAAUGUGGAAGGCUCGUAUUUCGUGGAGUUGAACUAGCAUAUCUGAAUAUCGACGGUGAAUUCUUGUUGCCUUUGGCGGAACUGUUGGCUUUGAUUUUGCCAUCAACACCGCGCACAACGUUAUUUACUAGGAUGGAAAAAAUGAAAGUUCGAAGGCAUUUCUGCGACCCUGAAGAAAUCAAACUGCUAAAAACAGUAAAUGGAAUUCACGGUUCGUCUGCCAACUGCACCCUACUUUCCAAAACAGAAGUAGAGAAAUAUUGUUCAAUCUAUAUCGACAAGCCUAGCGAACUGAAUCUAACGAGAGCGGGGGAUGUAUAUCCAGAGCCAUUCGGAAGAGAAAGUGAUCGAAGGGAAAACGGUCGUAAAGACAGGGAGUGCACUGAAACGACCCACCAAAACAACAAAGCAAUUCGGAACAAAUCAGCAGUGCUUGAUAAACACAAGAAAAUGACGCCGCUUAAACGUAACCUAACGUUAACGAAAUUCGCUAAAGGGAAGAAGCUAAAAUUGCGCUCGGAAGCUGAUUGUCAAGUAAAUAAAACAUUAACGGACAAUACAACUUGUGCGGCCAUUGACGGAGAUCUAACUUCUGGAAACGUUAAUGAAUGCGAGGAAGGUUUUCUGGUCGUUCCGCCGUGUUCUUUACGUAAGGUGCAGAAUUGUACACAAACGCAAGCCUUCGAUAAACUUACUGUGAGCAAGAAACGCAUAAACAAGCGUGACAGUGUGGAUGGGAACAAAACGAUGCGUAAAUGGACUUCAGGGAAGAAAAGACCGGCUAAUGAUUUGGACAAACGGGAAGUUUUUGGAUCGCCAUUGAAAAUUCCCAAGAGGAGGGAGUUAAAUGGACAUGUGGAAACUGACAAAGUAGUAAAUGGAACGGGUCAAUUUCGUUUUCAUCGUUGCUCGUCGAAGAAGCAAGAUGUUGACUCUCUCAUUUCUGAUUCAUCGUCUAAUGAUAGCGGCUUCGCGUCGACGUCGUUGUCAAAUGCAAGUACACCAACGAAAACUGAUUUUUCAGCUGGUGAGCUGACCAGGUUGUGGAGAAAAGACGUCGACACAAAGAAACUCUCUUCUCCGUUAAAAAUCACCACACCAAAGAAGAACAGAUCAAGCGAGGAAGACUAUGGAAAAAGCUUGACUCUAUCACCCCCAGCUUUAUUGUUAAAGCGAUUUGAAGAUUCUUGGCUGGUGGAACAAAAAAGCCCCGUCAGUGCAAAGUUCGCGGGAACAAAAGUCUUGCCUAUAGAUAAAACGAAGCCCAAAACAAAGAAGAAAGCAAGCUUGACGCCAUUAUUUGAAGAAGUUUGCAAACCAGUGAAACCUCUUUCUGAUAAAAAACAAGUGAAGAAGAAAAAGAAAAGUCUCAGGAAACCACCAAGUUUGAUAGAGGAAAUCGGAAGCCGCGAAACACUUAUCACCAACGAUUUAAUCGUUGAGGAAAGGCACGACGUCAAAGGAUUUGACAAGAAACCGAAGCGAAAAGACAAAUUUCUAAAGCUCAAAUCUCGUAAAGGCCAAACUUUGUUUAACGGGCAAGUUUUCAGGUCGAACAAAAAUGCUGACGUUUCAGCUAAAAAAGAAAAGAAUCCAGAAUACUUUCAUCGAAAAAUGGCCAGUCCCGUAUUCAAAGCUGACGGUUAUUUACCAACACACGAGGAACUAUUGAAAAAGGACAAGGUACUUGAAAGACUAGUCGGUAAUGCGUUAGCCAAAUUCUUUGCUCCGGAAUCAUCGGAGCCUGCUCCGUUACCAGACAAAGUCGACAAACCAAAAGCAAAGAAAACAAAGAUUGCAGGAAUGGCAAAGCCUGUUUUAAAAACAAACUCCCAUUUUAAACUUUCAAAUUUGUUCCCUGUCACUUCGCCUUUAACUCUUCAAGAUGGAGGUUUGAGUCCGUUGUUCACCAUGUCCUGUCCGAAAGGAAGCAAACCAGAUUCCAACCAUGCUCUGUGGAAAUGGAACCUUGGCGGCCCAGUCGUUCGCGAUUCUCCAGAUUUCUUAAAACCAAAAAUAUUAAAUAAGAAACCGGUUUCUACGUUAAAGCUAAGUGUUAACAAGGUGCCAAAACUCAAACGCAAGCGGAUGAAACCGUUGGCGAAUAAAAACCCGCCAUCGCUUUGGCGUGGAUCUGUUGAUAACGACACCACGAGUGUCUCCUUCCCGGCCGACUCAGCGAAAGAAAGUGUUUCAAAUACUACAAAGACUGAAAUUGUCCAUUGUCAAGUCAAGUCUGAUGCUGUUUCGUGUUCAGCCGCAGUGAAAGUGAGUUAA